AUGCGAUACGCCCCGCCGGCCCCCGGCCUGGGAGCGGAGAACUCGCAGUGCCCCUUCCUCCCCUACCUGCGGGCCGGGCUGCGCCGAGCCCCGAGCGGGCGCUUGCGGGGUCAGCUGCCCCGACACUAUCGCAUCUUCCGCCCGGGCAGCGGGGCGGGAGACGGAGAGCCCGCGGUACAGCGGACUGAGCUGCUGGGGGAACGGGGAGUGACGGGGGGGUCCUCUGGUAAAUCCCCCGGGACAGACGGGACGCUGCUCCUCUGCUGCCGGACCGCCGGGUGCGGCGGGCAGCAGCUCGGCCCCCGCCGCCACGUCUCAAACUUCGGGGAAACGCGUUUCGAUCCCCCCCCUUCCCGCCCCUUUUCCGCUAGGACCGGCUUUUUAUCCCGGCGAGAGAAAUCCAGACCUCUCAGGAACAACCAGAAGAGCGAAACAAACAAGAAACCGCAGAAGAAAGCAUUGGAAAGGCGGCCCGGAGAUAAUCCAGGAAUGCUUCAGAUAAGGAAGGGGGGGACUAUACGUGCGGAGAUACCCAAAAAGUCAGAGCCUGAUGGAAAGGCUGAAAGAGGGACGGGGGGUGGGGGGGAAACCCGCACUUGUUUCGAGCCUAUUAAAGGUCACAUCGGGCUGGGGGGUGGGCUGCGGGUGAUGAUAAAAGGAGUUUAAGAACGAGGGGUUUAAGCGCGCAGAUGAAGAGCAGCGCCAGGAUUUGGGGGGUUUGUUUACUGGCUCCCGAUGCAGAAAACAAAAGAGCGGCGGGUCCGUGCGGAGAGUCAGCCCGAGGUCAGCCGGGGCUGCCCUGCGCCCACCGCCGGCACAGCUCGGGCCCCGGCUGCCGCGGCCGCCCGGCGCCCCGGGAGUCCGCGGGGCCGGGGAACGGGAGCUGCCCGCUGCCCCACGGCCGGGCCUGACGCUUGCAGAAGUUAUGGAGAGGUUUGAUCAAUUAAAUGGAGGGCUUCAUAAAAUAUUUCCUAAUAAAAUUUACGGUUGUCUUAAAAGUUUCCAACAGCGCUAUCUUUUUUUUUUUUCUUUUUUUUUUUCUUUUUUUUCCACCUUAAAUAAAAUUAACUGGGAAAUGAGUUACUGGCCGGGAUUUUCGGGAUUUCAACGGUGACAGCAGUGCCGGCGGCUGGAGUGAAAGCACCGUACACAAAAGGAGUCUUUCAGGGACAAAAGUUGCGGCGGCUGCCGGGUUUUCCCCGCGGUGGCACCUCGGGGUAGCCCGGGCAAGGCAGCGCGGAGCCGACCUGAGCCUUGCGCUUCCUACUUCACAUUAUAAAUAGAACAUUUCAGCCUAAAAUCCGUAGACUAACACCUGAGCUGGUAACACCAUCGUGUUGGGGUUGUGAAAGGGUUUUUUCUUGCACGGUUUGGGUUCUACAAGUUCAUUUGGGUUAAUUUGGAAACGCUGCUCCGCGCCGGGGUUCGCGACGAUCCCUGCCUUUAGCCCGUUCGCCCCCCGGCACUCCUGUAUUCCCUGCAUA